ACAGAGACAGAAUGUCAUCAUGAAUUCUUUUUCGUUUUAAAUUCAUUCAUGUUUGCUUUUAAUAAAAACACUUUGCUUUUGAUAUUGUUGACUUGACUUGGGCUUCCACUAUUGAUUAAAUUCAUUAUUAGCUGGAUCCACUAUUAUCUGUAUAAUCAUUAAGCCUACUYCUAUAGGUCUCUACUCAUCUCUCGGGUCAUUCCUACCUUCCCAUAAUUCAUAAUGGUUGUUCUCUCUGAAAUAUGCUCAUCUUCUUCAACUCAUGCUUAUAGAUAUGACGUAUUUUUAAGUUUUAGGGGUCUUGACACUCGCCAUAAUUUCACCGAUCAUCUUUACGAGGCACUUUUCAAUGUUAAUAUCACUACCUUUUUGGACGAUGAAGAGAUGGAAACGGGAGAAGAUUUGAAACCGGAGCUGGAGAGUGCAAUCAAAACAUCCAGAGCUUCUAUURUUGUGUUGUCUCAGAAUUAUGCUUCUUCGACCUGGUGUCUCRAUGAAUUGGUACUGAUCCUUGAUCAAAAGAGGACCUCUGGUCAUAUUGUUAUUCCCAUAUUCUAUCAUGUCGAGCCCACCGAUGUCAGGAAGCAACAAAACAGCUUUGGAAUUGCUAUGGAAAAGCAUAAGCACAGGAUGGAGCUAGAGACAAAUGCAAAGAAACGAAGUCAUUGGGCUAAAAAAGUGGAGCUAUGGAAUGAAGCACUGACGGAAAUUGCUGACUUAAAAGGAAAAAAUUCWAAGAAUCGGAAAGAGACGGAGUUCAUUCMAGAAAUUGUUACUGAAAUUCAUCGUAGAUUAGGUGUACCCUUAAAAGUGACUCUACCAUUUCUUAUCGGCAUGGACCACCACAUCAAAUUCAUUACUUAUUGGUUGAAAGAUGGAUCCUCUACUUGUGCUGAAAUUGUCACAAUUGUAGGCAUGGGUGGGAUUGGGAAGACAUCUUUGGCCAAAUAUCUUUUUCGCUUGCAUUGUCGUGAAUUCCAAAGAAGCAGCUUUGCAGAAGAUAUCAGUAGGAGAUGUGCUGAAAAAUUGACUGGAUUGCUUGAUUUACAAAAACAAAUUUGUGGUGACAUUUCAAAUAAAAGCUCAAUUCAAGUCCAUGAUGUUUCUAUAUACACCUCUCAAAUUGAGAAUACACUAGCAAAUAAAAAGGUGUUCCUAGUUCUUGAUGAUGUUGAUAGUUUCAGUCAAUUGGAUGCAUUACUUGGAAACAAAGGUUUUCAUCYGGGAUGCAAAAUCAUAAUAACGACCAAGGACGCRUCGUUGACAGAAAAGUGUGAGCUAUUCAACCUUAAAGUUCAACCCAAGCAUACAAAGYACUUACUCGAAGCCUURYAUGAGACUCAGUCACUGGAGCUUUUAUGUYUUCAUGCCUUCAAGUGCAGCAGUCCGAAGGAAGGUUACAAAGAGGUUUCAAAAGAGCUUGUGAAAUAUUGUAAAGGACAUCCAUUGGCUCUUUCAGUUUUGGGCAGGUCUCUACUUAAUGGAAAUAUAGCUGAAUGGGAGGAUUGCCUAGAAAGGCUAAAGGAAGAACCUGAUUCUCGUAUCAAGAAGGUCUUGCAAAUGAGCUUCGACUCUUUACCAUCUACAGAUGACAAGGAAUUGUUUAAGCACAUUGCUUGUUUUUUUGCUGGAAAAGAUAGAGAAUCAACUGAAACAAUAUUGAAGGCAUGUAAGAUCCGCACAGUACUUGGGAUCAAGAAUCUCGUUGAUAGAUGCCUUCUUUCGAUUGAUAGUAAUAACCAGUUGAUGAUGCAUCAAUUGGUUCAAGAGAUGGGAAGAGAUAUAGUACGCCAAGAAUCACCAAAGAAACCAUGGAAGCGCAGUCGAUUAUGGUGUCAUGAGGAAUCAUUCAAUGUGUUGGAUAAAAACAAGGGUUCGGGAAAACUUAAAGGCCUCGUUCUCGAUAUGGAAAUGCUUGAGAAAGAGGACAUAUAUGAAUCGUUUGAGUUGGAAACAAAUGCAUUGAGUAAGAUGGAUAAUCUAAUGCUACUACAACUCAAUUUUGUGAAAUUCAAUGGAUCUUAUAAGAAUUUCCCUAAAAAAUUAAGAUGGUUGUGUAUGCAUGGGUUCUCUUUGAAGUCUUUACCUUUAGACCUACCAAUGGAGAAUAUGGUUGUGCUUGACAUGUCUUACAGCAAUUUGGAAUCUUUUGACAUGUCUGAUGGUAACCCACAACAACCUGGGAAGAGGCAAAAGUUAAGCAGCUCAUGCUCAAAAGGCAAACAGUUACUUCGAUCAUUGAAGAUUCUUAAUCUGAGUUUUUGUGAACAGCUUCAGAGUCUUGGUGGAUUUUCUGAAUUCCCUGCACUUGAGAGGUUAAUACUUUCAAAUUGCUCAAGUUUGAUCGAGGUUUGUGAGUCGAUUGAGCAAUGUGAUGGACUUGACCUCAUUGAUCUGAGUUACUGCAAUAACGUUGGGAAGCUUUUAAAAACGAUAAACAAGGUAAAGAAAGUCAAAAUACUAAAAUUAGAUGGUUGUAAUCUUGGUGAAACUAUGAUCGAGAUGGGGGAUGACGUGGAGGAAACGCUCAACUGUAACAACCUUGGUAUGAACUCACAAACCUCUUCCUCUACCAUUGUGGAGGCUAUACCAAGAGCUUUCAAGUCCUAUCUGAUUUAUUUACCAAGCUCAUUAGUAUGCUUGCAGCUUCAAGAUUGUAAGUUGUCCAACGAAUCUUUUCCAAAAGACAUGAGUAGCCUAUCCAUGUUGAAGGAGUUGUAUUUAGAUAGAAAUUUUUUCGUUUCACUGCCCAAUUGGGUGAGAAGCCUUUCCAGGAUUGAGAUACUUGGUAUUGGUGAGAAUGAUAGACUGGAGUCAUUGGAGCAUCCUCCACCUACACUAAAAGAACUGAGAUUUGAUUUUGAUAGAGAUGGGGAAGCUACAUUUAAUCGAGAAAUGUCCCCAGUCCUGUUAAACUAUAGGGUGGCUGCACAUGAUUGGGAAAAUAUUGAAGGCAUUCAUAAAGAGGAAGAUAUGAGAGACGUUGAGGAAAAGAUGGUUUAUGAAUUUGGGAUAUUCGGCACAUGGUAUAUGGGGAAAGAGAUGCCAAAUUGGAUAAGUGAUAGAAUGUGGAAGGGGACAUCAAUCUCAUUUACCAUCCCAUCAUCUCCUUGCAACAUUAGAGGCUUGAAUCUCUUCUUCGUGCUUACAACUGAUAGAUGGUUCUUCAUGUAUUUUGUAUCUAUAAAGAUUAGUAAUAUAACAAAGAUGUGCACCUGGAUCUAUGAUACUUCAGAGGGGUUUAAGGGAAGUAGGGAGGGUAUAACAUAUUUAAGCCAUUGGAUGUUUGGGAAGAAUGAGAUGGAAGAUGGUGACCAAAUUACUAUUUCCCUAUCGGCAGAUCAUGAUGGCCUUUUUAGAAGAAUGGAGUGUGGGGUGAGUCUUGUGUAUGAUGAAGAUGAAGAUAAAGAUGAUGGUUUGGGUUAUUACAAGUCAUGGAAUCAUAUAAUUGGUGGAGAUCUCUCUCCUUUUCAAACUACUACUCCCGGAGAAUAUUACCUACAACGAUUCCACUUUUUUGGUAACAAAAGUUUCCUUUGUGAUUAUGUAGCUGAAUGCAAGAACAAUCACUUCCUUGUUGGUCUCCUCCCUCAACCCCAUGCAUUUGUCAUUUGCAAAGUUACCGACACAUCUCUUGUUGAAGUUUGUUUGCUGCUUUACAUGUAUAAAUUGGAUAAUUACUUCAUUGAUUUGGAGAAGCGUUUUGGUUGGCUUUUGACACCUUUUUCAAUUAUAACACUGAUAUUUAUUACUAGUAUUAAUACCUAG